AUGACUCAGGUGGUAACUGACCUGAAAGCAGUUCUUUUCUCCCCUAUGAACGAUGCUAUCAUGAAGAGCAGAGACGGAGAAUUUGAGAUCAGAUUUGUGUCGACCCAGAGAGUCCACCAAACUCUGCACAACCCUAGGAGACGCGGUGGAUUCAUUGGGGAAAUUAUCCACCGAAGGGGAAUAAGCGUCUUCUAUUGGCCGCUUUGCUCUGGCGCUCUGAAGACAUAUCAAUGGCCAGUGUGGUGGCUCGACGUUCGAAUUCCGGAUCUAAGUGAGGAGGAAUAGUACCAUCCACUUGAUGGGCAAUCGAUUCGGAUCGCAAGAGUUUUUCAACAGUCGGCCAGGUUGCCUUAGACGACGAUGAAAAGUAAACCGAGGGUUGAGAAACGGCGUUGCUGAGGGCAGUGUUGGAGGUCUCAGUGCGUUGAAGAGCUAGCUCCGGUUUUUCAUCAAGAGUUGAUUGUUUGA